UCACCCCAGACCCACCCCUCCCCCUUUCCUCCCCAGCAGGCAAUCAUCUUGCUGCCACUCGUUUUGAUCCGUCUUUUGGCCAAGUCCGACGUGGGGGUCAGGCGAGCCAGGGAAGCGGAGAUUGCCCACGGGCCAGACUCGGACUGCUCGGCCUGCGGUGAGAAAUCUCUCGUUGGAUAUUACAGUACGGAUACCUAGAGCCAGCACUGGCCAGGUCUGACGUGCUGCACGACAACGACCACAACACCACCACCAAUCUGUCACGUCCAGUUGAGGGCUGGAGACAUGACUAGGACCCACGCCGCCGUCUCAAACGCGCCAUGGUAGUCGUCGAUGGCGCUGGCGCACCUGACGCUCCCAGCACCAGCGACAAGGAGCAGCCGCCAGACGCACGUCCGCCCCGGCCGCGCUUGUCGCCCACGCGGCGAGCAAAGCACUUUUUCUCCCGCCACUACCACAGCCUCGUCUUCGACACCCUUCUCCGCCAGAAAGCCCGGGCCGCCCCGUCCACAGAUGGCCGCGUCAUCCCACUUGAUCCGAGCCGGUCGGCCCAGCUGGUAGACGAGCGCCACGGCCAUGCAUUCAUCUCGAAUGUAAUCCGCACGUCCCGCUACAGCAUCUUCAACUUCUUCCCCAAGCAGCUCUUCUUCCAGUUCAGCCGCCUGGGCAACUUCUACUUCCUCUGUGUGGGCAUCCCUCAGACCAUCCCUGGGAUAAGCACCACCGGAAACGUCACCACCAUCUUGCCCCUCCUCUUUUUCGUGCUCCUCACCAUCGCCAAGGAGGGAUACGAUGACUACAAAAGGCACCGCCUCGACAAUCUUGAGAAUGCGCAACCCGCUACUGCCCUGCGAAGUGCAGACGAGCAGUCGAUAGCCCGCGCCCACGGGGGUUGGCGGGCUUGGGCAACGACAACCUCUUGGCUCAACUGGGCUAACAAGCAGCCCGACCCUCCCAUUCCUCGCGCUUCACAAGCCGUCGGUGGCUUUCAAUGGACCAAGACCGCGUGGGGUCAGCUCAGGGUUGGCGACGUCAUCAGACUCUCCCGAGAUGACGAGGUCCCCGCUGACAUUGUACUUCUUCACGCUGAUGGCGAGAAUGGACUGGCAUAUGUUGAGACCAUGGCAUUGGACGGUGAGACAAACCUCAAGAGCAGACAGGUAUUGCCUGAGUUUGAAGGGUGCGAGACAAUCCAAGGCAUACUGGAAUGCAACGCCACACUUAUCGUUGAGGACCCUAACGCCGACCUCUACAACUUCAAUGGUAGGGCCGAGGUCAACGGCAAGACGGUACCCCUCACCCUGAAUGAGGUGGUCUACCGCGGGAGCGUUCUUCGAAAUACACAAUGUGCACUUGGUCUGGUCAUCAACACAGGCGAGGAAUCCAAGAUACGGAUGAAUGCCAAUCGGCACCCCAAGGCUAAAAAGCCUGCACUCGAGGCCGUCUACAACCGCGUCGUCCUCAGCUUGGUGUUCUACGUCAUCUGCUUGACCAUGGGCUGUUCCAUCGGCUAUCUGCUGUGGCAACGGAGCACUGAGCGAUCCGCCUGGUACGUCAAUGGACAGCAGGUCGCGGCCCAGGAGAUAAUCAUUGGAUACGCUAUCAUGUUCAAUAAUGUCAUCCCCCUGGCGCUGUACGUGAGUCUCGAGCUGGUCAAAAUUGGACAGAUGCUGAUGCUCAACGGCGAUAUGGGCAUGUACGAUGCUGCGUCGGAUACCCCAGCAAGAUGCAAUACAAACACAAUCCUGGAGAAUUUGGGCCAGGUUGGGUACAUCUUUUCCGACAAGACCGGUACCUUGACCGAGAACGUGAUGAAGUUCAGGAAAAUGACAAUCGCCGGUACGGCUUGGUUGCAUGUGCAUGAGACGGAUCUCCGUGAGGAGCAAUCUGUCGGUCCCAUUGCGGGUGAUGGCCAAGGCAGGAAGUCCCUGCAAGCGCAAUCUGUCAAUACCCGCCCCGGUGUUGCUCAGCUUGUUGUGGAGCCAGACAAGAUUGAAGAAGGUGAUGCCUCCCCGACAACCAGUCCCCGUCCAUCAUCGCAGUGGCAGUCGUCUGCGCGCCGCGGUGUGGUGCAACCAGAUGUCAGAACAGAUGAACUGCUCGAAUUCAUUCGCGCUAGGCCGAACUCUGCGUUUGCCAGAAAAGCCACGCAGUAUCUACUUGCGAUGGCUCUUUGCCACACCUGUCUCCCUGAGUUCAGGGAAGACGGGAUCGAGUUCCAAGCCUCAUCCCCCGAUGAGCUGGCGCUUGUCCAAGCAGCUCAGCAACUUGGCUACACGGUCGUGCAGCGUUCCUCCCAGCAGAUCACUCUGAAGGUGUCCAGCGGCGGCUCAGAGACCACGCGGGUAUACGAGAUACUCGAUGUGAUCGAGUUCAGCAGCAAGAGGAAGCGAAUGUCUAUUGUUCUCAGGUGCCCUGAUGGCAGGAUUUGGCUGGUUACCAAAGGCGCUGACUCGAUGAUUCUCCCACGUUUGAAGACUGCCCAGGUUGCUUUGCAAAAAGCAAAAGAGGUUCGACAAAGUGCAGAAGUGGAGCGCGCGCUGCAGAGGAAGAGCCUACAACAAGAGCCACGUAAUUCUUUCGGUGGUCGCCCGAGCUUGACCAUUCGACGGAGUAUCGGCGUCAACCGACAGCCCAACACAGGCUCAUCCAGCCUACGUCCGCCAUUAUACGGCAGGAGCAAGUCCUUCGAGAUCAGCAAUGUGUACCGAAGCUCGACCGACCGUUCUCGUCCGUCCCUCAACAGGGGCGUGUCUUUGGACGUCUCAUCUUCCUUGGCGCUCCGUUCCGGGUCCGCCGCUGGUCGCCAACAAGACAGGUUCGCCUUCCUGGACGAUCCAUCACUGGGCGACGAAGCGACAGUCUUCACGCGAUCUUUCAAGCUUCUUGAUGACUUCGCAGCCGAGGGCCUGCGGACUCUCCUCUACGCCCACAAGUACAUCGCCGAAGAGGACUACAAGGCCUGGAAAGAAGUGUUCCACGCGGCGGAGACAAGCCUGGUCGACAGACAGACCCGCAUCGAAGAGGCAGGUGAUCUUAUUGAGCAGAACUUGGACCUCGUCGGCGCAUCUGCCAUCGAAGACAAGCUCCAAAGGGGAGUUCCCGAGACGAUCGACAAGCUUCGGCGGGCGAAUAUCAAGAUAUGGAUGUUGACUGGUGACAAACGCGAGACUGCCAUCAACAUUGCACAUUCCGCACGCAUAUGUCUGCCAGAGUCCGAGGUCUACAUAUUGGAUGCAGCACAAGGUGAUCUUGAGGCACAGAUGAGGGAGAUAAUGGAGGACCUUGGCAUUGCUAGCGAUUUUCCCACGGCCACAACACGCCAUCAUACCGUGGUGGUGAUAGACGGCCAGACGUUGGGCUGUAUCGAAACACCAGCCGACCCGAGCAACACAAGGCUGAAAGAUCUUCUUUUUGCCCUGAUCCCACACAUCGACAGUGUCAUUUGCUGCCGAGCCUCUCCGGCUCAAAAGGCGUUUAUUGUGCGAGCAACACGCAAGACCAUCUCGUCGAAACGCCCUGUCACAUCGCCGUCUCUGACCCUCGCUAUCGGAGACGGUGCAAAUGAUCUUGCGAUGAUUUCUGAGGCCCACGUGGGCAUCGGUAUCUCGGGCCAUGAAGGUCUCCAGGCUGCCCGGGUAGCAGACUACUCCAUCGCCCAGUUCCGCUUCCUGCAACGCCUCCUUCUCGUCCACGGAAGGUGGAACUACGUGCGGACGGCAAAAUUUGUGCUGUGGACGUUCUGGAAGGAAAUGUUCUUCUACAUGCCCCAGGAGAUCUUCACGCGGUACACUGGGUUCACUGGGACGUCGCUAUAUGAGAGCUGGAGCCUGACGGUGCUCAAUGUGCUCUUCACCAGUCUGGCUACGAUCGCGCCUGGUAUUUGGGAGCAGGACUUGACCCAGGAGACCCUGCUUGCUGUUCCGGAACUCUACGUGUACGGCCAGCGGGGGGAAGCACUCAAUCUGUCGCGGUACCUCGGUUGGAUGGUCGGUGCUGCUGUCGAGGGUAUUCUUACAUUCUAUGGUUGCUGGGCGGGCUAUGGCUACUUCGGCCAGGCCGGGGGCUUCAGGGAUCAGGGGCUGUUUGCAUUGGGUGACCUGGUGUUCACGGUUUGCAUCGUGUGGACGAAUUGGAAGUUGCUAAUCAUCGAGACGCAUUUCAAAUCCUCCCUCGUCCUCGGCUCCUUCUUGAUUACCGUCGCCGGUUGGUGGCUCUGGCAAGCCUUCCUUGCUGGAGUGUAUGCGCUUCAGCCGUCGCCUUAUAACGUCCGCGGUGGCUUCUUUAGCACAUUUGGCAAAGACCCAGGAUGGUGGAUGACCCUUUUACUCGUGCUGAUCGUCCUGUUCGUGGCGGAGCUCGGCUUUAAGAUGGCGAAGCGGACGCUGACUAUCAUGGGCCUGUGGCGGUGGGGCCGAGGAUGGUGGAAGAGGCUCAAGAGCUGGAAGAAAGCCGGCAAGGAAGACUGGAUGGAGGGCAACUUGGAGGACUGGAACCUUGGCCUAUGGCAGGAGAUGGAGAAGGACCCACUGGUCAGGCAGAGGCUGAGGGGCAUACUGCAGGACGAGGACAGUGACGACAGAGCUCUCGACGCCAACGAAGAUGUGCUGGAGCUUGAGGUGAGCGAAUUUGUCGUGGAUGAGGAACUUGAAGAGCGUCGUGCGUAAUGAGGGAGGCUUGCAUGUUUUGGCAUUCAUGAUACCCAAGGAGCAAGGAGAAGGUGUGGUCAUUUAGUUUUGCAUGCUAGAUCUUGUUUGUAUAUUCAAAUGUUGCCAGUAUUUAUAGGCGACAGGCAUAUAUAGGAUAUUAAUGCGCAUUGCAGUCUGAUCUUUGGAAGACGAGGACAGCAGGGGUUGUCAGAAAUAAGGUGUGCUGGGUACGGUGAUAAUCACCAUGGCACUGGCAGUAGUGUUUCGAGCUUGAC